AUGCCAUGCAAAAGUGAGUGGAUGGAAGUUGACUCCGUCUUCAUGGAAGAUGUCAACAUCUACAUAGCUCAGGUAUGUGAAAGUUUUCCUGCGUCACAGAGUAAACUGGAUGAAGUGCAUGCUGAGUUGAAAAAGGACCAAAUCUGCAGCAAGGUUGUGCAAUACUGUGAGCAUGAGAUGCCACCUGUUCCAACGGAGCUCACAAACUCAGACCUUACAGCAACAUUUCUUUUACAUUUCUUCCUUUUGGCUUCCUUUGCCUGGAUGUGUGUACAAGGAGUUGCAUUGUAUAGUUCAUUUAAUCGCAUCAUUCAGCAACUGGAGACAAGCUACUUUCCCAAAGUGGCAACAGGCGUGGCAUGGGGUGUACCAGCUUUAAUUGCAAUUAUAACAAUUGGCGCAACAUAUUCUAAUAAGUACAGACAAGAUAAAAUCUGCUGGCUUGCUAUACCCCGCGAAGGAGGCAACCUUGCUAGUGGAGAGAAUGUGCUAUUGUGGGCAUUCUUACUUCCAGUCUCUUUGAUGCUACUAGUGAACAUGGUGAUCUUUGGAUUGAUCAUGUCCAAAAUGAUCUGCAACCAGAAAAACCUGAAGGCAUACAGAGGAGAAUUUAAGAAAACUCUUCAAAAGAAUUUUGCCAUAAUAUUUGCUAACACGGUGACAUUGGGCAUCAGCUGGGUCAUUGGUUAUUUAAUGCUUAUUAACGCAACAUACGAAUUUUUCAGCACACUGUUUUGUAUAUUGAACUCUUUCCAGGGAGUUUUAAUUUUCCUCCUGUGCAUGAUGAACAUAAAGGGAUUUAGAGACCGAAUGAAGCAACCACUGAAAAUACUUACAAAGGAAAAACGGACCAACAUCUCAAUGAGCAGACUUAUUGUGAAAGGUGAUUAA